AUGACCACGAAACUUCCCGUGGCGCCGCCGGUCGGGCAUUGUCUCUAUCCGCCACCGUUCGGGCCCCAUUGUUUCCCUGGCGCUCGCCGCUCUCUCCACCCUUCGCCGUCAAGUCUCGCUUUUCUCUACCGACGGAGCUAUCUCCUUUCAGCCCAUCACCUCAAGAGUGCCAAAGCGGUGAAGUUCGAUGGUCCGUUUCUGGACGUUAGGGAGAUUGAAGAAGAGGACUGCGAGUUGGUGGUAGAGACCUCCAUUACUCGUACUUUGCAACCCGCUGUAACGCUGGAAGCGGGGCUUCAGAGUAUUAAGGAGGCCCUGCAGGAAUUGAAGCAGAAUCCUCCUCAUUCAACUGGUGGAGUUUUGCGGUUUCAGGUGGCUGUGCCACCCAGCCCAAAAGCUUUGAAUUGGUUCUGUGCUAUCCCACCUUCGUCUGGGGUGUUCCCUCGAUUUUUCCUUUCUAAGGAAGUUGAUGAGCCGUCGUGCAAGUCUCUCUACCUUAACAGAACCCGCGGCGUUCUCGGAAUGGGGGCAGCAGUUUACUUUACUAAUUCCACUUCUAGUGCUUCUGACGAUCAAAGCUCAAUUAGAAGAUACCUCUCAAGUGAUUCAGUUAGUAUGACCACUUACGGUUUUAUGGACGUCAAAUUUCAGUCUUCAUUCAAGCUUGAAACUGGUUCUGUAUACUUUUGCAUUCCAGAGAUUGAAUUAGAUGAGCUAGUGGAUAUUUCUAUUCUAUCGGCAACACUGGCUUGGAACGACUCUUCUUCCAAUCUAAUUCGGCAGGCUAUUCAAUCAUUGGAGUUAUCCCUAUUGGAGGUCAGUUCUCAUUUUUCAACAGCUACAGAGAGAUCUGAACAUCGAAGCAUAGCAUCUGCUCUUGGAAAGUCAAAUCUGGUGGAAGACAAAACAUUGAGAAUGUUUUCUGCUCAAGUUGAGUUUUUGGAGGGGAACAAUUAUCAAAACUACCCAUCGGAACUGAGACAGACUCCCAAUUCUCGUCAGUUCUGUUUCAGGCUUUCACCUAGUAUUGGCAUCUCUAACAACAUGUUGGAUCUGGCCACCGGAACAAGCUACCAAUUGCAACAUCAAGCAAACAUCAAUGCAGUUUGGGCAUCACUUAUAGUAGAAGAAUGUGCUCGCCUUGGUCUGACAUUCUUUUGCAUAGCUCCUGGGUCAAGAUCUUCACCCCUUGCAAUUGCUGCUUCAAGUCAUAGCAAAACGACUUGCAUUGCAUGCUUUGAUGAGCGGUCACUUGCUUUUCAUGCCGUUGGUUACUCAAAAGGAUCUCAGAAACCAGCAGUCGUCAUAACAUCAUCAGGCACUGCAGUUUCAAAUCUUCUUCCUGCAGUUGUGGAAGCUAGUCAGGAUUUUGUACCACUAAUAUUGUUGACUGCUGACCGUCCUCCUGAGCUUCAGGAUACUGGGGCGAACCAGACAAUUAAUCAAGUGAACCAUUUUGGUUCUUUUGUCAGGUUCUUCUUCAACCUUCCUGUGCCAAGUGACACUAUUCCUGCUCGGAUGGUUCUUACGGUGCUGGACUCUGCUGUGAAUUGGGCUACAUCUCCACCAUAUGGCCCAGUUCAUAUUAACUGUCCAUUUCGAGAACCACUUCACGAUAGUCCUGAGAAAUGGAUGUUGAGCUGUUUGACGGGAUUAGAUAACUGGAUGUGUAAGGGUGAACCAUUCACGAGAUAUAUCAAAUUCCAACAUUCAUGCAGCACGACAAAUCAUGCCACAUUGACAGAGGUGAUUGAGACAAUCCAUGGAGCUAAGAGAGGGCUGCUUCUUAUUUGUGCUUUAGACACUGAAGAUGAGAUAUGGAAUGCUCUUCUCCUUGCAAAACACCUCAAUUGGCCAGUUGUAGCUGAUAUCUUAUCUGGCUUGCGCCUAAGAAAGGUUUUGACUACUUGUCCUGAAAUUCAGGGGAAUAUUGUAUUUCUUGACCAUCUAGACCAUGUUCUGCUCUCGGAUUAUGUCAAACGUUGGAUUCAAUUUGAAGUCAUUGUUCAGAUUGGAACACGGAUAACAAGCAAGCGUAUUUCUCAGAUGCUAGAAGAAUGUUAUCCAUACUCAUAUAUCCUAGUCGACAAUCAUCCAUGUCGUCAUGAUCCAUCACAUCUCGUGUCACACAGAAUCCAAUGCUCCGUUUCUCAAUUUGUUGACGCUUUAAUGCAAGUGCAGUUUCCACUUGCAACACCCAACUUCUGUUCUUAUUUACAGGCAUUGAAUAAGACGGUUGCAUGGGAUAUAUUGUUCCAGAUCUCAGCAGAGCCCUCCUUAACUGAGCCUCAUGUUGCAUAUGCAAUUUCGGAAAUACUUGGUGCUGAGUUUGCUCUUUUCGUCGGCAAUAGCAUGGCAAUACGUGAUUCUGACAUGUAUGGCCAUAACUGGAAAGAUCAAACUCAUAUGACAGCAGAUAUGCUGUCUUCAUCUGGACUUCCCUGUCUUGGUAUUCGGGUUUCUGGAAACAGGGGAGCUAGUGGUAUUGAUGGUUUGUUCAGUACGGCAUCUGGUUUUGCUGCUGGGUGCAAUCGACGGGUCCUCUGCGUAAUUGGAGAUGUUUCUUUCCUUCAUGAUACCAAUGGCUUGGCAAUGUUAAACCGAAGGAUGUUCCGGAAACCAAUGACUGUAGUUGUGAUAAACAAUCAUGGUGGAGCAAUCUUCGGCCUUCUUCCUAUUGCUGAUAGAACCAGCCCAGAAGUUUUGAGUCAGUACUUCUACACCUCGCAUAACAUAUCCAUUGAGAAGUUGUGUUUGGCCCACAGUGUCAGGCAUUUUCAUGUGAAGACAAAAGCUGAACUACGAGAUGCUCUGUUCUCAUCUCAGGUUGAUGAAUUGGAUUGUGUAAUUGAAGUGGAGAGUGGCAUCGAUGCCAAUACAACGUUCCACAGCACUUUAAGAAAAUCUGCUCGCCAAGCAGCCGAUGAUGCUUUAAGUUGUCUUUCAAGGCUUUCUACCCACAGUUCAGAUGGAUUCCUUUUCUUCAAGAUUCACAAGAUGGAGUAUUCCUUGUAUAGAAUUGAACUCUGCGCACCUACUUCGGCUUCCUCUAUGAAUGGGAGAAAUGAUAUUCAUAAACAUGGAUAUGUCCUGGCUUUGUCCCUGGAAGAUGGAACUGUUGGUUAUGGUGAGGUUGCACCUAUUGACAUCCACAAUGAAAGCCUGGCAGAUGCAGAAGAGCAACUUCGGUUCCUUUGUCAUAUCAUUGUGGGAGCAAAGAUUGAAUAUCCUCUUCCUUUGCUAAAGGGAGCAUUUACUUCUUGGUUGUGGAACAACUUAGGAAUCCCGGACUGUUCCAUCUAUCCAAGUGUCAGAUGUGGUCUGGAAAUGGCCAUCCUCAAUGCAAUGGCAGCCAGGACAGGACUCAGCUUGUUAGACAUUCUUCAACCUCACAAAGCAACAGAAGAAAUGCAUGGCAUGUCAAAACAUGUUAAUCUAUGUGCCCUUAUCGAUUCCAAUGGGACUCCCCAUGAAGUUGCUAAUAUUGCUGCAUCUUUAGUUGCAGAAGGUUUCACAGUGAUAAAGCUUAAAGUGGCUCGUCGGGAGAAUCCAUUUAAAGAUGCUGCAGUUUUACAAGAAGUAAGAAAGGCUGUUGGUAAGCAAAUUCAACUCCGCGUGGAUGCAAAUAGAAAAUGGACCUUUGAAGAGGCCAUUCUCUUUGGAUCUCUUGUAAAAGAUUGUGACCUGCAAUAUAUAGAGGAACCUGUUCAAGAUGAAGGGGAAAUAAUCAAAUACUGCAAUGAAAGUGGCUUGUCAGUAGCACUUGAUGAAACUAUUGACAAUCUAACUGGAAAUCCUCUUGAUGUGCUUGCGAAUUAUGCUCAUCCAAAAGUAGUUGCUGCGGUUAUCAAACCAAGUGUUGUUGGUGGCUUUGAAAAGGCAGCACUAAUCGCGCGAUGGGCACAACAAGAAGGGAAGAUGGCUAUUGUUAGUGCUGCUUUUGAAAGUGGAUUAGCUCUAUCCACAUAUAUGCUUUUCUCUUAUUACGUAGACAGGCACCAAGCUGAUCUUCACAGAGUUGGACCCAGUCCGUCAAUAGCUCAUGGCCUUGGAACUUACCGAUGGCUUAAGCAAGAUAUAACCACCCGACGCUUGCGAAUGAGUUCUGAUCCAUGCACUAGGUCAAUGGGAGCUUCUACAAUUGAUGCUAUUCAACACUUGGAACAGUUUCAACUUGAUGACAGCAUUAUCUGCAGAACUUUUAAUGGAGAGCAAGUUCAUAGGUACACCUUAACUGUGAAAACGAACGAGUUAUCUUUCUCCAUCAGAAUGCAUGAAGUUGGACAGGCACAUGAUGGAGAUAUUGUAGUUUUUCUUCAUGGAUUUCUUGGAACUGGUGAAGACUGGAUCCCUAUAAUGAAGGCCAUCUCAGGAUCUGCGAGAUGCAUUUCAAUAGAUCUACCUGGGCAUGGGGAAACAAAGGUGCAAAAGCUUGGCGACAUGGAAGAAAAUCAUGACUGGUCUUUGUCAGUUGAAAGAGUUUCUGAGUUAUUGUACAAGUUGUUUCAAGAUCUAACUCCUGGAAAGGUCACUCUUGUUGGAUAUUCUAUGGGAGCGAGGAUUGCAUUGCAUAUGGCAUUACGGCUUGGUGAUAAGAUCAAUGGAGCGGUCAUAUUAUCUGGUAGUCCUGGGCUAAACGAUGAAAUGGCUAGGAGAAUUCGGAGGGCUAAAGACGAUUCUAGAGCAAGGAACCUCAUUACUUACGGUUUACAGACGUUUCUGACGUCUUGGUACGCUGGGAAGCUAUGGAAUAGCUUGAGAUGUCAUCCUCAUUUCAAGGAAGUCGUCGACAGUCGCUCUCUUCAUGGUGAUGCUCAGAGCCUUGCAAGUGCUCUAUCUGACUUAAGCAUAGGGAGGCAGGAGCCAUUGUGGGAUGACUUAAAGCACUGCAAAUUACCCUUACUGUUUGUCGUGGGAGCACAAGAUGAUAAAUUCAAGGCGAUUGCACAACAAAUGCUCGAAGAAGUUGAGCAAGGUCAGAACGAGGGAGGUGCCACAGGCAGUAACACCAGUGAGAUACUUGAGGUACAAGAAAGCGGCCAUGCUGUCCAUUUGGAGAACCCUCUUCCUCUCAUCCGUGCACUGAGACGAUUCAUGACCAGAGUAAGGAAUAGCUGUGGUUGA